GAGAGCCGCGUGGUCGUGCCCUUCGAUACCUCCGUCGAGGAGUUCGAGGUGGAAGGCCUCGAAGUUCAGCUGCGUUCAAGCCGAGACAGGAUCCCCACCCCCCACGUGAGCACCGAAAUGUUGGAGGAGGCUUUCCCCAAUUCCGGCAAAUCCGUUCGCAUCUUUCCUGUGGCUGAGAUGCAGGCCAUUGCGACCUCUGGGCAGACACGGUCCAGUCGAGAACGUCAAGCGACGCCGUUCUUCAAGGACGAGGACUUCGAUGUGCAUGAGGGUGGGCGGAGUGUAAACUUCGACGACACGAUCAGCACAGAGGCCGUCUUGGUCGAGCCGCAGGCCGGCACGCGGCCAGUACGUGACCGCAUUUCAACACCCUUCACCUCGAUGGCUUUCAGCUCUUUCCAGGAUCGUCGAGUGCAGCUGUCUCCAGCUCCUACGGCUGUGGAGGAGUUCGAGCCAGCUUCCCAAAGGCUCCGACCCAGUCGAGACAGGAUGCCAACACCCCAUGUCAGCACCAGCAUGAUCGAGGAGACGUUUGCGAACUUUUCGAAGACCGUUCGCUUGUUUCCGGCCGCAGAGACGGAGGUCAUACAUCUCGAUGGGCAGAGACGGCCCGUUCGAGAACGUCAGGCCACCCCGUUCUUCAAGGAGGACAGCGAUUUGGACUCGAAAGCAGUCGAGUUCAGCGACAAAGUCAGCUGGGAAACUCCAAGCAAGGUCGUUGCUGCUCCGCAGUCCAAGGUCGGUCGAUCGGUCCGUGAUCGAGUCGCGACCCCGUUUGUUGCCGAAGCACAGGAGUUCGAGGACCAUCGCGUGCUGCUCACAACGGUCGUCUCCACAGUCGAGGAUUUGUAUUUGGAGAGUGACUGGACGGAUCACAAUCUCCAACGUGCGCCUGCGCGGGAGGAGUUCGAGGUUGUGAGAUGUUGUGCGCAAGAGCUCCAGCUCGGCCCGGCUUGGGAGGAUUCCGACACCUUACGUGACCUCGGAGAUGCAGGAGACCCUCAACAUGAGCCCCGGGAAGACCGUCCGAGUCUCGCCCGCAGUCGACGUCGAGGCUAUUCCCGCAUCAGGAAAGACACGGUCAAGUCGAGACCGACAGGCAACCCCAUUCUUCAAGGAGGAUGUGGUGAAUACGGUGGAGAUGCAGAACGACACUUCGGGUCAGGAGGCCGAAUCGGUGCGUGA